AUGGUUAAUGGGAGAGUAAUUAAAGCUGUGUAUCAAGCUCUUUUGAGACCCCACAGCAGACUGAUAAAUGCAGUGAAUAAUAACGAUGUCAGCAAACUGGUAAACACGACUCGGGAUAUUGAAGAGUUAUGCGAAAAAUAUCCAUGGCUUCCUCAGCUUGGUGUUCAUUAUUGGAUCCAAAGAGUUUUAAAAAGGUGGAAAGUCCUGUUUACGUACGGAACCUACACAUCCGAAGGGGAGGUGAACUUUUCAGCAACUGAGACUUGGAACCUGAUGAAAGAUCCUGAAGACGCACAUCUUGACGACAAGUCGAAAAGUUUCAAAAGGCAGAUGAUAAACUUUAUGCUCGCUCUAAACUGGAUGAAGGGCUGCGGGCGCCUCAUGCCUGACAAAAUCCAGACUGUCCUUGAGAUCAUGAUGCGCGGAGAAAAAAGCGGCAAACCCGUGCUGACAGGGAAAUACAGGACGACUAACGCUGUUUAUCACGAAUUUGCCCCUGUUUCUGCAAUUCCAAGGUUAGUGACAGACGCCCUGGAUCGAUACUACUCUACAGAGACUGAUGAUCCGAUAUGGAACGCAGUGAGGUUGUUUAUAGACUUGAUUAACAUCCACCCAUUCGAAGAUGGGAACGGAAGUUUGUGUAGGCUAGUUAUUUCUCCCGUACUUGUGGAGGGUGGGUUGAGCCUCUUUUCAGUUUUACUUAGUUCGUUCCACAAACGCGACAGGCGCCAUUACAUUCAGGUUGUUAAAAGGUUUGAAGAGAGACCAUCGUUACUUGACACAAUGGUCUGCAAGUCUUUGGUGAAGGUAUGGGAUAAUUUCGAGCAAAACUUGGCUCUACUAGAAAACUGA